CUACCUGACCCACCUGCAUGGUUGGACGUUCGACCAAUUGGCGGCACCUACGCGGUUCUUCGAUGGAAGUCCGAAAAGGCCAGCGAGAUUGAAUCCUACACGCUGACAGUGGAAAGCAAAGACAAUAACCUCGGCGCCCUGGGUCAACGCCAAAUCACCAACAUCAACGUACUGGAGAACCCCUCGGAUGAGAAGGAUCAGCGUUUUGUUAGUUACAAUCUCACGGAUCUCAGUCCCUAUACAGCCUACACGGCCCGAGUGCAAGCGGUCAAUAAGAAGGUCGGCCUCUCACCACCCAGUGAUCCGAUUGAAUUUAAGACCGCGGAAAUCCGUAAGUGUAUCUACCUUUGUUUUCUUAUUACGUUAAUGUGA